AUGGCGGGUAAUAAUUGGUAUACUUUUGGCGUGGCCUUGUUCGCUGCCAUUGGAACUUUUCUCUUUGGCUUCGAUACCGGCAUUGCCACCACAACAAUCGCCCAUCAAAGCUGGAUUGAUUACAUGGGCCACCCUUCCCAUGGUUUAACCGGUGCAGUCGUUUCAGUCUAUAUCGCGGGUGAAGCCCUCGGUGCUCUUACUCAGACGUUCAUCGGUGACAGACUUGGUCGUAUUCGUUUUAUGCAACUUGAAUGUAUCGUCGUGACGAUUGGCUGCACUAUACAAACCGCAUCCGUUAAUAUUGGUAUGUUCUUGGCCGGACGUGCUCUGGCUGGGUAUGCUGUUGGCGGAAUGGUCGCCACCGUCCCCGUCUACCUGUCUGAAAUCUCUUCACCACAAUCCCGCGGUCUCAUCGGUGGUAUAUCCGGCGUCGGCAUCGCACUUGGAACCAUGGCAUCCAACUGGGUCGGUUUCGCAUGCUCCUACGCCUCCAACGGCACAGUGCAAUGGCGUCUACCACUCGGCAUCCAACUACCCUGGGGCAUAAUCAUGUUUAUCGGUUUGGCCACCUUUAUGCCCAACUCGCCACGUCAAUUGAUCCGACAGGGUAAGAUUGAGCAGGCCAGGAAGGAGUUUAUCAAGAUCCGAAGAGAUCUACAUUCGCAUGAACUGCAUGAAGAGUUUACUCUGAUGAAAGCUCAGAUUGAGUAUGAGAUGCAGCGAGAGCUCAGGUCGUACAAGGAGAUUUUCAAGUUGUAUCGUCAUCGUGUUUUGGUGUCUAUUGCGGUGCAGACGAUGACUUCUCUGACGGGUGUGAAUGUUAUCCAGUACUACCAAACGACUCUCUACAAAUCCCUCGGCAUCAACGCCAAAUUGAUCCUCGCUCUCUCCGGCGUCUACGGCACAGUUGCCUUCUUGGCCAACACAUUGACUACCAAAUUCCUUACUGAUCAAUGGGGUCGACGAAAGAUGAUCAUCGCCGGUCUUGGAGGAAUCAUCCUCAUCGAAAUCUAUGCCGCCGUCAUGCAACGCGAAUUCCAAAACACCAACAACCGCGUUGGUAAAGGAUUUGCCAUUUUGGGGAUUUAUCUUUUUGUUGUCUGUUACUAUGGCAUGCUCAACAGCACAACAUGGCUCUACGGCGCCGAAGUCCUCCCCAUCAACAUGCGAAGCAAAGUCAUGGGUUUGGCUGCUGCGUCGCAUUUCAUCGUCAAUGUUGCCAUCACCGAGGCCGGUCCAAGCGCCUUUGCAACCAUUCACGAGAACUAUUACUACGUCUUCGUUGCGUGUACUGCGUUCUUCUUGACCAUUGCAUAUUUCUACUUUCCUGAGACAAAACAGAAAACAUUGGAAGAAAUUGCGGCGGCCUUCGGUGAUCGCGUCGUUGAAGUUGAAGAUGUCGAUGUUGCUACCGAAGAAGCUAUUACGGCUGCUAAGAAUCAGAGUGAGCAUAUUGAGUGA